UUGGAGCACCAAGAAUGGCAUUUCGGGUUAAUUUGUUAAGCUGUCAUCUGUAAAAGUAGCGAAUAAUGUAUAUUUUUUUAUGAAAAUUUAUUAAUAAAUCAUGGCUUAUUUGCUCCAACCUGAUUAUGUGCGAUAUGUUUGCAAUUGCGGAUCAUUGAAAUCUAUUUCUAGAAUAUAUUUUUGUCGUCACUGUUUAAAAAUAAGAUGUGGCUAUUGUGUUUCUCAUGAGAUUGAUUCGCAUUAUUGUCCAGUUUGCUUAGAAAAUUUACCUUCAUCUGAAGUUCGACUAAAGAAGAACAAAUGUUCCAAUUGCUUUGAUUGUCCUUGUUGCUUUCAAACAUUGACUGUACGUGCAGGUCAUACACCGAUCAGAGCUGUAAAUUCUGGAGAAGAGGUGAAAGCAAGCACUCCUAAAAAAGUUUAUUACUUGUGUUGUCCCUUAUGCCGGUGGAGUUCAAGAGAUGCAGGCAUUCCUGACCAACCUAAUGCAUCUGGAGGUUGGCCUGAACAAGAGAACCCAUAUGCUACUCGGAUUAAUGCUUUAAUUGACUACCACAAAAUUUUAGUUUCAAGAGAACGUCAACAACAAGAUCGUAAAAAAUACGAUCCUAAACGUACUUCUUUACAAUUUGAAAAAUUUGGUUUGACAUCAGCAAUGGCUCGUAAACGAGCUGGAUUACCAAUUGUUUCUGAUGUUAAAUGGCAUCAAGCUAAUUUUGAACAUCCUUCUGUAGCUUCUGAGGAAGUAGAAAAAUUGCCGGAGUCUAUUUUUACUGAACCUGUUGACAUUACUAAAAUUUCAACUCUUGAACAACGUCUACAAAAUAUGGAGAUUCAAGCAGAAAAAAUUAAUGAAUUACGGCCACAACAUAAAAAAUUCCCUGUGAAAAGAUCGCUUCGGUGUCGAUCUUGUGAGCAUAAUGUUAUGAAACCUGACUAUUCUCCACAAUCUAUUAAGUUUAAAAUACAAUUGUCAGCAUUAUAUCAUGUACCGGAGGUUCGAAUUGUGACUUUUCAGCCAUUGGAAAUAGGAAAACCAAGUGAACUAUUAUUAAAAUUUUGUAAUCCGACUCAGCAUCAAACACAAAUAAUGUUAUUGCCUUUUGAUACUCCUACAACUUCAAUGAUUACAUCAGAAAGUGGAGAAAGAGAAGAAUUCAAACGAGAGAAUAUGCAAUUGGGUAGUGAAUCUCCUAAUUUAUUACCAUCGGCAGUAAGACAAGCUCUAGUCAUAGAGGAUCCAAAGCCAGUUCUUGUUACUCCUGGAGCAUCAAUUGAUUUACCAAAUAGCCCUUUGAUUCUCUCGCCUCGAGAUGAUGCUGCUGAAUAUGAUGAUACAGCUGAUACUCAGAAUUUCCAAGAUGAUCCAAAAUUGGUUGUAUGGCGAAAAAGUAACAAGGCUGUGUUAAAAUUAAACGUAGUCCCAUUUGAAGGAAAAGAAAAUGAACCUGUCAUUGUUGGAUUUGUUAUGCAGUACGGAUACGUUAAUACUAUUGCUACUUUAGAAAAUAAAACACCACAGAAAGUUGACUUAAAAGUUAAAAUAUUUUUAACUCUUGGUAAAUUGGUUAGUCAAGCUUCAUAAAACUAUAAAAAUUAUAUAAAUCAUUCAUUAAAUCGAAUUAACAUCGUUAUUUCAGCACAGUUAAUGUGAAUUAUUAAAUAAUGUAUUAAGUGACACGAAUGUUUUUGUAAUCUCUUUG